CGCAGCGCAGCGCGAAGUACUAUUUGCAGUGCAGUCUCUAAGAUAAACUAUAUACUCGAAUCAAUCAAAGAUGGGUUGCUGUGCGAGCAGUCUAAAGACGGAUACGGAACGCAGUUUGAAUGGCACCGUUUAUGCCUCCAAGCGUAGUCGCAGCAGCAGCUGUGGCAGCAACACCAACAGCAAUAGCAACAGCAACAGCAAUAGCAAGUGCACCAGCAACAGUUGUGGCAGCACCAACAGCAGCGGCCUGGGUGGCAGCAAUCGCAGCAUUUGGAGUCGCAGUCAAACGCGCCCCAUUUGCGAUGACUUCGCCGAGCAGCCUUUGGCCGAAGUGGAAAAGGAAUUGGAGCGCUCUUGCGGCUAUUAUACGUGCAGCAGCGCAGCAUCGACGCCCACAAAGCAGCAGUUGCGUCGCACCCAGGACAUGGAGCUGGCCAACCAAAGCAACUCGAGCUCCGACAACUUGGAUAUGUCGCCAGGCGUUGGCAAUUUGGAAUGGGAGAUGUAUAUGAUGCAGCACGCACAGCGCAUCAUGCCGAAGACCUCGUCGCCCACCUGUCAGCGACGCGAUGUCACCUUCGAUAUAAACUCGCGCUCCUAUCACAAGUGGCGCAACUACUUACAGAGCACCCCGGCACACAUGCUGCACAAUGUUAGCCACAUACCGGAGGCAAUUGCCGGACACUUCUGUCCCGUCGGCUUUCCCGCCUUCACCGACCUCGAUGGCGAGAUGGAGAGUGCGGCCAAGCGUUUCAAAGUGGACACGAAUGCGUCCAUCUAUGAGGACAACUAUCCAAUGGAGCAGCGACAGCAUCUGACGCAUACCAUCAGCACAGAUCUGUGAGCAGGAGCAGGAGCAGGUGGCUACAGGGACAACUGAACAGGCUCCGCUUGGCACGGAGUCGUUGCAGUUGUCAACACGCCAAUCCAUUGAUCGAUUGCUGGCUGCUGGCAACAGGUUGCCAGUCAGUCGAUCAAUCAAGCAGUCAAUCAAUGCAGUAGAAGACAAACUGUUCAACAGUUAGACAAGCAACAAAGCAAGCAAUAGCUCAGUUGAUCAGUGCAACAUUUUGAAAAUAGUUGUCAAUCAAGCAAAAACAACUCAAUCAAUCGCUCAAUCACACUCUGUACAUAUAUAUUCCUAUGUAAAUAGCUAUGCCGAAAGCAUCCACGACAAUUGCCUAGCAAAAUAUCUAACUACUCUUAAAUAUUGCUCAAUAUUUUUUUUGUGUUUAGUCCC